AACUGUCUCACAUCUGGUACAUCAAACAGCAAACAUGGCUUAUAAACCAUUUAUUCUGACCGAGUCUGCUCUGACCAGUCGCAACACAAUCCUGGCCUUGGCCAUUAUAUAAGCAUGGUAUCAUAGGAGAAAACACACAGAGGCAGGAAAGCACACAGAGAUGGCUCGAGUGUUACCUUGGCUAACCUUAGCAGCCACUCUUCUGUUAACAACCAUCAAGACCAGCACAGCGUCCAGUAUGGCAAAGCCUGGCUGCAGAGAAACAUGCGGCAACCUCACCAUUCCCUACCCCUUUGGCAUCGGUCCUGGUUGCUAUUACACCAAUGGGUUCGACGUUUCAUGCGAGGAUAACCGCACUUUUAUGCACAACUCAAGCAGCCUGAUGGAGAUCUACAACAUCAGCCUGAUAGGAGGGCAGGCUAGAGUCAGCACCUUGAUUGCCACCAAUUGCUACAAGAACGGCACCACCACAGAUGGAUGGGCGUCAGCAACUACUGCUGAAUUGUUCACGAUAUCCAACAAGGCAAACAAGUUAACAGCGGUUGGAUGCAAUACACUUGCAUUCUUGGGCGGCUACAACGAAUACACGGCUGGAGCUGGGUGCUUCUCGAUGUGCCCGAACAAGCAAAGCGUGGAUGAUAGCGGCCAGUGCUCUGGCAUGGGCUGCUGCCAGACAUCCAUUGCACCAAGCCUCACCUCCUUCAACAUGACCUUUGAUAAUAGGUACAACAAUUCUGUGGUACUUGAGUUCAACCCAUGCAGCUAUGCCUUCGUUGCAGAGCAAGAUUCGUUCAGGUUUGAGCCUUUUUACCUUGAGGGUGACAAGUUAACAGAGAAGUUCAAGGGCGGAGUUCCUGCUGUGCUUGACUGGGUAGCUGGAAGAGAAUCCUGUGAUGAAGCGAUUAAGGACAGAACAUCAUAUGCCUGCAUUAGCAACAACAGCCAGUGUGUCAAGUCACCAAAUGCUACAGGGUACCUCUGCAAUUGCAAGGAUGGCUUCGAAGGGAACCCCUACCUAGCGGAUGGGUGCCAAGAUAUCAAUGAAUGCCAAAAACCAGAUCAUUAUAAGUGCUUUGGAAUAUGCAGCAAUACAAUUGGGGGUUACAACUGUUCCUGCCCAUCUGGGACUCACAGCAUAGAUCCAAAAAUCUCGAUCUGCAAUCCACAUACAGCUUCAGAAAAGGCUAAAUUAACAAAACUGUUUAUAGGUAUUUCAUCAUGUGCUAUACUUUUGCUUACCUGCAUUUUUGCACUACUGAUUGAAUGCCAGAAGAAAAGGCUGAUGAAAGAAAAGGAGAGAUUCUUCCAACAAAAUGGGGGUCUCCUGUUAUAUGAGCAAAUCAGAUCUAAGCAAGUUGACACAGUGAGAAUAUUCACAACAGAAGAACUAGAGCAGGCAACAAACAAUUUUCACUCAAGCAGAGAAAUAGGGAGAGGUAGCUAUGGCACUGUUUACAAGGGAAUUCUCAAAGACAACAGAGUAGUAGCCAUAAAACGCUCAAAGAUCAUGAACAUGGUUCAGAAAGAUGAUUUUGUGCAAGAGAUGAUUAUACUGUCACAGAUCAACCAUAGAAAUGUAGUCAAGCUUCUCGGUUGCUGCUUAGAAGUUGAAGUUCCCAUGUUAGUGUAUGAAUUCAUGCCAAAAGGCACUCUAUUUGAGCUGAUACAUGUCACAUACCGAAGCCCAUCCAUUUCAUUGGACGCUCGCCUCAGGAUUGCCCAGGAAUCUGCAGAAGCACUGGCAUAUCUGCACUCAUCAGCAUCCCCUCCCAUAAUUCAUGGAGAUGUAAAAUCUCCAAAUAUUCUCCUAGGUGACAAUUAUAUAGCCAAAAUCACUGAUUUUGGAGCAUCAAGAAUGCUUCCAAAGGAUGAAAUACAGUUUAUGACAAUGGUGCAGGGAACUCUGGGUUAUCUAGACCCUGAAUAUUUACAAGAGCGUCAACUAACAGAGAAGAGUGAUGUUUAUAGUUUUGGAGUCGUGCUUCUAGAGCUAAUUACAAGGAAGACAGCGAUUUAUUCUGAUGGUACUGAAGAAAAGAAAAGCCUGGCAUCAUCCUUUCUUCUAGCAUUGAAAGAGAGCAGACUUCAAUCUAUCUUGGACAGAAAUAUAUUGGGUGUUGGAAUGGAGCUUCUCCAAGAAGUUGCUCAACUUGCAAAGUGUUGCUUGAGUAUGAAAGGGGAAGAGCGGCCAUUAAUGUCAGAAGUGGCUGAAAAGUUGAGAUUUAUACGGAGAACCUGGCGCAAACAAUUGACUGAGAAUGCUAGUGAAGAAACUGAAUGUUUGCUUGAAAAUCCAUCGAAUUAUGACCCUUCUAGUACUGGACGGCAUGGAAGUUUGAUGGCACUAGAUUUAGAAAUUGGUAGAUGAUAAAUGUAGAGGUACCAAAAUUAUAGAUCAGAACAGAAUUUGAAGUUCAUUUUUCCUGAAAAAAAUACUCUGUAAUAUGUGGCAUUUGCUUUUGGCAUCAAGCUUCUCAAUAUGAAUGCCAAACUUGUCAGAUUCCGAUGA